ACAAAAACAAUGGCGACAAGCAUGAAGGGUAAGAAGGCAAAUCCGCAAUUAGAAGAAAAGUUGCAAGAUAUCAAACGAAUGCAAAGUAAUUGGAUGAGGGAAAGGAAAUUACAUCAAGAAAAAGGAGUCAAGGAAACACCAGUGAAUACAACUUGGACAAAUACCAAGGAAAAACCAAAUAAAAGAAAUGAACCUGCAAAGAAAAAAGACUCUGAUACGAUAUCAUGGAUCGUAAAUUCUGGAACAAAGCCAAAGCAAAAACCAUCACUUCGGUCUAGAUCAGCAUCUCCAUCCACUAGGAUAGCAAAGCUGUCUUCCAAAUCAUCUACUGAUAUCAGAAGAGACAAAGAGCGUAGACCUUCUGAAGGUAGUAAUAAUAAGUCUAGAGCUGGUGUUAAGUCAAGGCCUUCAUCAGGAUGUUCAAAGUUGUCAACUGGGUCAUCACAACCCUCUUCACGACCAUCAUCAGGGUCUGCAAGUGGUGCAUCGUCAAGGCCUCCCAGCGGUAGAGCUGCCCUCACAAACGAAUCUGGUUGUGGAAAAGAGGAUGAAGAGGAUGCCACAGAAGUCUGUCAGUUGGAAAGAUUAAAUAACCAGUCUGAACUAAAAUUGCAUGAACCACAGGAAAAUCAAAACAUACAAGAUUCUAUAAAUAGAACAAAAUUGUUAACUACAGAGAAAAUGCCACACCUGUCAAAUGCCAACUCUGAAAGCACAUCAUCUCAAUUCCAAGAAAAUCAAUCAAUAACUAACCAAUCACAGUCAGACUUACAAAAUAUUGGGCUGAUGAAUGCUGAUGUGUUUGACCGCUUAGCUGACCAGAUUGCAAGUCGAGUCAAGUCUGAGCUAAGGUUUGAAAGACAGAGUGUUAGUAACAUGUUUGAGGAUCCCCCAAAGCGAAGCAUCUUAGAUACUGAGAAUGAGGAUGAGGUUUUGAGUCACAAGUGUGCAAAGUGUAAGCAACUAAUGGUACCUCCUGACCACACUCCAACCCUGCUGGUUCCCUGUGGUCAUACAUUUUGUGAAGCCUGCUCAGAAGACAGAAUCAAGUGCCCGACUUGUCGUACAAGAGUUACUUCAACGGCUGUCAAUACUGCGCUACAGCAGGUCAUCUGCCAGGUCAAUUCAUCCAGACUCCAUAACACCAACCCACUUAACAGCACAACUAAUCGACAGAAGUUCAACGACUCCUACAAUCCAUCCAGGUACACCAAUCGUCCCAGAAUUGCUUUGGAAUCACGCAAUUCAAGGCAUCAUGUUGUUCAAUCAGCAGUAAGUGAUUUGAGGAAUGACGACCAGGGCCAGUUCUACCAGGACCAGUAUGAAGGCCUUGUGAUCAGAUGUGAGGCAUUAAGGAAAGAAGAAGGUGACAUUAUACAUGGGUUGGAUGAGUUAAAAAGUAAUUAUGACAAAGAAAAGAAAGUACUUGGCAACAUUGAAAAGGAAGAGCAACGUAUAACAGAUGAAAUGAGAAAACUUGAAGAGAAGCUACAUCUCCUUAGCAACCAUAAACAAGAAUAUGUACGACGAUGUAAUGAUUUGGAAAUACGGAAAAGGGAGGAAAGUACCAGGUUAAAGAUCGUGAAGGAAACAAUUAGUAACCACCAACAAAAUAUAGACAAAGUGAAAAUGCUAGCCGGGAAUUUCAACAUAUCAAUUGAAUGACAUCUGGAAAAAAGGAGGCCUAAUAGGAACAUUGCAAUAAUUGAUCAUCACAACAAUGGAUCAAUGCCCUCAGGCCCAGUGAAAUAGCAAGCAGUAAAUACAGGGACGCCUCAAGCACAUCUGUGCUGGUUUGAUUCCCCACCCUCCCUCAGCACUUUGGGUCGUAGUACGAAGCCUUUGAGUAUGAACUAUAAACUGCAAGCCCAGUAAAUGAACUAUUAUUUACACUUCAAGGACAUCCUUUGAGAAGAGCAGAGGUUAACCUGGCCUUUCAAUCCAGUCGCUGCUAUGUAGUUGAUAGGCCCUUUGGGGAGUGAGUUAGUCCGAGCAUAUAGACCAUAAUAAUAUGUAUACUUACUCUUGGAUAAACUCUUUACCUACUCUUGGAUAAACUUAUAGUUUCAGCAAAAUUUAAUGCAACUUUCAAAGAUAUUUCUAUUUGAAAAUUACUAUAUAAUAUAAUUUUCAGAUAUCUGACAUUUCUAAAGACCAAAUUAAAUUUUUAAUCUUUUUGUAA